AUGCGAUCUCACUCCACCUUGAUUCACCAAGAUGAAGCUCGAGAAUCGGAGACCAAUAACAGAGGUAAUCUUGCUACGGUGCGUCGGAAGAGUUCGACGAUUUGGUCAAAAGCCAAAGAAGUAAGUCGGAAAGCUUCUAUCAUCCGUCAACGUCAACAUCGACGUCCUUCUUCUUUAGCAGGGGAAGGGGGGACGACAAGUGAAGAAGAAUGGGAGAUUGUCACUCCACCACUCGGUUCGUCCGAGUUCACUCAAACUCCCACCACGCCGAGUCAUUCGAAUGGAGAUGAUCAGGAAGAUAUGUUAGAUGGUGCUAGAGGGACAGGAACGAUCUCAAGGAUUAGUCAGAGAGCUCAACAAGGAAGUGCAUUAGACUUACUCGAUGUGAACAGUAUAUCAAGUGCAUCACAUAUGACUAGAACGAGCUCGACGGGAUAUUCGAGAUCUGGUUCGGGGUCCGAGUCCGGGUCUGGGUCUGGACAACGGUCAUUGGAAGUAGAUCUAGGGAAUUAUCAAUUCCCUUCACCGCCUACGCAUAUCAAACAGAAAAGAAGUUGGUUGGAAGGUGGGCCAUUGACGGUUCCAGAAGAUAGAGAAGAAUUAGAAAGGAAAUUACCUGAUGAUCAUCCAUUCAAUUCACCUCAUUCUUCCGAUCAAUCGCACUCACACUCACGGCGAACCCCUCUCUCUCAUUCUGCCUCUUUCCCCUCUAUGAAUGAGAGAUACAAUCACCUAGAACAGAUAUUUCAUUCGCUGAAUUUCCUCAAAGAAGAAUUGUAUCAACAUAAUACACAUUCGUUUAGAAUUCUGUCGUCUUUCGAAGAUGUCUUACCUCCAUCUAUAGUGAAUGGAAUAAACAGACGAUUGGAUAGGUAUUGGAAUAAAUGGAGUGUCAUCCUCAAUACUGCUGGUGAACAGAUAUCAUCAUCCAUCAUCUCACUUCAGCAUCGAUCAUUCUCUUCGGCUCAGUUUCGAGAUCCACCUGCAGCUUCGCGGAAGGAUUAUGGAUAUUUGAAAUCUCUUAUACCUGCUCCGUUGACAACGGACGAGAUGGAAAGGCUGAUAUGGACCUUGGAGGAUAGUGGGAAAGUGGCGAGUGGAACGUAUAGAAGGAUGUUUGGAAGCAAGGCGAAAAGUAGGAUCAUGACCCCUCAAGAGGAAAGGGAGGCUGAUGAGAAGGGAUUGAGGGACUGGAUGGUUGGUGAGACCGAAAGUACGGAGAGAGGACAGUGGAGGAGAGAUUACAGAGGAUUUUAA